UCAGCCACAGCCAAAGCAUCGAAUUCUCAAACCCCAUGCUCCAACUGUCGAGAAAAGCACGUGCGCUGUGAUAGGCUACGUCCAGUUUGUACGCGAUGCAAAGAGAAGGGCUCGACCUGCCAGCCGGUCCAACGCAAGCCACCGUUCCGACAGGGAUCUACGGCGGGCCUCGACGCCAGCUUUCCGGGAAACCAGGUGUGGGUGAGCAGUGAGCCCAAGCGGUGGAAGCCACUCAUUGGACAGCAGCAGGCCUCCGAUGGGCUGGAGGUGCCGACACGCCACGUGGUUCAGAAUGCUUACGUAGAGGAUUGCGGGUUCCUGUCGUCCUCGUCGGAGACUAGUGGAGGAGCAUGGGUACAAACCGGCUCGUCAUCGUCGGGAUCUCCUGAUACACCAAAAACUACUCAAGAUGGGCAACUCGAAGGGGACAAGGGGCAUUUGUUCGCGAUGCAAGGAGACCCCGUGCUGCAGCGCUUAAGCUCAGGGCAUUCGCGAGAAAGCACGGGAGCAUCCGUCUCGCCAAGCUAUUUGGCACACCAGACAUCCUUGCAAGAGGCUUGUCUACUUCGAUACUUUAUCGAGGAGAUUUCUCCCUGGUUCGAUCAUUGCGAUCAUCUCAAGCACUUCCGACUGGAAGCCCCCCGACGCGCACGGCACUGCUCGACCGUGCGAAACGCUAUUUUUGCUGUGUCAGCACGGCAUCUGGCUCGUCUUCCCCAGUACAAAACCCCGCACGGGAUUGUGUACCAUGGACAGUUACUCACGGAUAUGGAAGAUGCCACCGCGGUGGAAUACACACUUAGGUGUAUACCCGACCUUAUCAAAUUUCCCGACGUAUCGGACCCGGCCGAUCAAGAGAAUAUCAUGGUCGCCGCAGUCAUCCUUCGCCAGUAUGAGGAGAUGGAGGAAGAUAUGAAUGACGAAGGGCCUGCGGAGACUGCCGCCCAGAGCCGAGUCAACUUUCUAGCCAUCACUCAGACAAUCAUCCAGUCGAGGAUUUCACAUCGCCUUGAGCAGUCGCUGGCAACAGCAGCAUACUGGAUCGCAGUCAGACAGGAGGUAUACUACGCGCUCACGAGAGAACGUGCACCGAUCAUGCAGUUUCAGCCCCAGGACUGGAGGAGAGCAUCGGUCGCAAAUAAGUUCAUCAUGCUCGCUAGCGAGGUCACGAAGUGGUUCUGGGAAGACCGAUCGACCGAUGAAUGGGAGCGGCUUGUGCGACGUGAACAGGAACUGGUGGACGCGUGUCGAAGCGAACUAGUGCCUAUCCUCGAAAAGCGAGCGGAGAAGCUGCAGGGCCAGGUGUUUCCGACCAUCUGGUAUAGCUCUGAGGAUCAAGUAACAGCAAGCCAGCACCUUGAGCUAUCGAGAAUGAUUUUGGUUGCCGAGAGUCCACACCUUGAAAACGCAAACCGGGCGGCACAUCGCAGGACGGAAUCCCAAGUACGCUCCAUAGUCUUGAAAAUCUGUGGCAUAGCUCUGAAUCACAUUGAAUGCAAACCGGCUCUGGUCAACGGUGUGGUUGCUGUGAGUUUAUACGGGGAGUACUUUACGGAGCCUGAAGAACGAGAUGCAUUGAUGACAGAAAUCAUCCAUCGAGCUCAAGAAUUAAAUGCAUGGCCGAUGCAAAAGCGGCAGGAGCGACUAAAGCAGCGAUGGCAGUGCAUGGACGGAUAAAUCCGAUGCCGCCUUGAUGACCGCCUACUUGGACAUGGAAGAUUUAUGCCUCAGGCUUGCAUUCUCCCUCCCAACCACCGACAUUAAGUGUGCUGUACUGUACCAACAGUACGUCCUCAGUCCAACU